CGAGACUGUAAAUAAUAGGGAUCUUUUUCUUCCGCCUGCACCGGAUGUGUUUCUGUGGGCGGGGGGUGCCUCGGAGGGGCUCGCCUGGGCGGGCUGCAGCCUUCCAGAAAGGCCCGCUGUGGUGCCUCGGAGAGGCCUCGUUGAGCGCCGUCGCCGCCGCCAUGUUUGGCUGCUUGGUUGCGGGGAGGCUGGUGCAGACAAUUGCCCAGCAAGUGGCAGAAGACAAAUUUGUGUUUAAUUUGCCUGAUGAUGAAAGCAUCAACCAUGUCGUGGUCUUCAUGCUGGGGACUGUGCCUUUUCCAGAGGGCAUGGGCGGAUCGGUCUACUUCUGCUAUCCUGACGAGAUGGGGGUUGCAGUGUGGCAGCUUCUGGGAUUUGUUACAAACGAGAAACCAAGUGCCAUCUUCAAAAUUUCUGGCCUAAAAUCUGGAAAAGGCAGCCAACAUCCAUUUGGAGCCAUGAACAUCCCCCAGACACCGUCGGUAGCCCAGAUUGGAAUUUCUGUGGAACUGCUGGAAGUCUUGGCUCAGCAGACUCCUGUAGCAAGUGCAGCUGUGUCAUCCGUAAACUCAUUCACAGAGUUCACUCAAAAGAUGCUAGACAGUUUUUAUAACUUUGCGUUAUCCUUUGCUGUCACUCAGGCCGAAAUGAAACCUAACCCAUCUGAAGCUUUCAUUCCAGCAAACGUAGUUGUGAAAUGGUACGAGAAAUUCCAGAGACAACUUGCUCAGAAUCCUUCCUUCUGGAAAACAUAAUUUCGAGUCAGAUUAUUUGAAGUGCAUUCUAGUGACAGUCACAUCUUAAAGAUGCAAAAACAUGAACCUGCUAACGGAAAUCUAGGUGGAAUGAUGGAAAAUCCGAGGAGAUGAAAAAUGCAGCUUUUGUAAUAUUUUUGGGACGUUUGUUUAAAUUAAAGCCCUAAAAAUUA